GGUGGCGCUGGAGCGGCUCGUUGUGCGCUGCGGACCGAUCGCCUCCCGCUGCCCGGGCCCGGCCGCCGCCGCCGCAGAUAUAUUGUAAAAUGUCCAAUGGUUAUGAAGAUCACAUGGCUGAAGAUUGCAGGGAUGAUAUUGGUAGGACAAAUUUAAUUGUGAACUACCUCCCUCAGAACAUGACACAGGAUGAAUUACGGAGUCUGUUCAGCAGCAUCGGCGAAGUGGAAUCUGCAAAACUUAUUCGGGACAAAGUUGCAGGACACAGCUUAGGCUACGGCUUCGUGAACUACGUAACUGCAAAAGAUGCUGAAAGAGCAAUAAACACACUGAAUGGCCUCAGACUUCAGUCAAAAACAAUCAAGGUUUCCUAUGCCCGCCCAAGUUCUGAAGUUAUCAAAGAUGCUAACUUAUAUAUCAGUGGCCUGCCCCGGUCCAUGACACAGAAGGAUGUAGAAGAUAUGUUUUCCCGUUUUGGGCGCAUCAUCAACUCACGUGUGCUUGUGGAUCAAACCACAGGUUUGUCCAGAGGGGUCGCAUUUAUCCGGUUUGACAAAAGGUCAGAAGCAGAAGAGGCAAUUACAAAUUUCAAUGGUCACAAACCCCCGGGUUCCUCCGAGCCCAUUACAGUGAAGUUUGCAGCCAACCCUAACCAGAACAAAAAUGUGGCACUGUUGUCGCAGCUGUGUCAUUCACCAGCUAGACGGUUUGGAGGGCCAGUGCAUCACCAGGCGCAGAGAUUCAGGUCAGCAGAGAAUCAGGAUCUGCCACCGCCCUGCUCUUGGCAGAGAGCAGCUCGUGUACCGCUUUUAAGGGGUUUGCAAAUCACCAGUGGUACACCUCAAUUUGGGAACCCCUGGUUCUCUCCUAUGGGUGUAGAUCACAUGAGUGGGCUUUCUGGUGUAAAUGUUCCAGGAAACGCAUCUUCUGGCUGGUGUAUCUUCAUCUACAACCUUGGUCAAGAUGCUGAUGAGGGAAUCCUCUGGCAGAUGUUUGGCCCCUUUGGUGCGGUUACCAAUGUGAAAGUUAUUCGAGAUUUCAACACCAACAAGUGCAAAGGUUUUGGUUUUGUGACCAUGACAAACUAUGAAGAAGCUGCAAUGGCCAUAGCAAGUCUUAAUGGCUACCGCCUGGGGGACAAAAUCUUACAGGUUUCCUUCAAAACCAACAAGUCCCACAAAUAACUUGCUCGUGCUUUUUGUAUGGAAUAGAUAAUGGAGUGACAGAAGUUGAAACAUUUUUGUUAGUGUAAAACUCAUUUUGCGCCAAUUUUCACAAGUGUUUGUCUUAGUCUAAAUGAGAAGUGAAAAGGUUUUAUAUUCUGGGAUGCAACUGACAUGUUCAAAUGUUUGAAAUCCCACAAUGUUAGACCAAUUUUAAGUUCCUUUAAGUUAUUUCAUUUAAAACAUGUUAAAAAUCCCCUGAAAUCUUAAGUAGAUUGCAUUAACUAGACCCUCUGGAUGGUGGUAAAAUUGAAGCAUGCUUUCACUUAUGAGACUAACAUUUGUUUCAUUGAAUGUUGUCUGCAAAAACUGGAAUUUUCUGAAAAAUAUCAGAUUGAAUUAAUUGAUUUUCUUUGGUUUGAUGUUGUUCUUCCUACCCAUCCCCCUGGCCUUUUGUUUCCCCCCAGUUUCAGUAAUAUGGAAGAAAAGUUGAGAAAUACUAAUGUUUUAGUUGACAGUAACUUGUUUGAUCAAUUAAUAUUCAUUACUUUGUGUCUAGUUGAGGAUCAAGCUUUUUAAAGUGAAGGUCUUGUAAGUAGUAGCAUGCCAGCCUAACUUUAACACCAUUGAGGAGGUAAGUUACACACUGAGCAGUGGCCAAGCUGUCCAAUUCACAGGUUUUAGAAAUGUGACUUUUAAAGCCCACUUUGAGAGGAAUGGACCAAAGAGUUUCAAAGAAACUCCGGGAAGAUUUCAGAGUCAAAAUGAAACUCCAAAAAAGCAAGUGUGAAUAUAUGUUGCUACUUUAUCAGACUGAAUCUCUUCUGUCCAAAUAUUUAAUGCAUGGUGCACUACUUACUGGUACAUUAUAAUGCAACAAGAUACUUACUCAUUUUCCAAGAUCAUUGUAGUUGGAAUUCCUUUGGCAGUUCUAUUUUAUAAAGAAAAACCAGUUAUAAACAUUUGAGCAUUGUAUUUCUCGCAUCCCUUCUAAUGAGUGGUAGUUUUUCUAUUUUAAUAGGAUUUUGUUUUGACAACUAGCUUUACUUACUGAACACUCAGCAGAAAAGUACUUACAACUUGCAAGUUAGAUAUUAACCAAAAAACCCCUUUGAUUUGUAGAUUUAAAGAUUAAUCCCCCAGGUUUUCUGCAGACUGCCUUGAAACUUUGAGUUGUUCUGUUUCUGUUAAUUUUCUUUUGCUUUUUUGUGUUUUUUGUUUGUUUUUACUUUUGCAUUUAAGAACAUUAAAUUUGAUUUUGUUUUGCUCAAA